AUGGCCCGAACAUAUAACAUUGCCAUGGUCUGCGACUUCUUCUUCCCACAACCAGGAGGAAUCGAAAGCCACAUCUAUCAGCUUUCGUCCAAGCUGAUCGAUCGCGGCCACAAAGUCAUUGUCAUCACCCACGCUUACGAGAACCGCAAGGGGAUUCGGUACCUGACCAACGGCCUCAAGGUCUACCACGUCCCCUUCCUCGUCAUCUACAGACAGGCCACUUUCCCCACUGUCUUCUCCUUCUUCCCCAUCUUUCGAAACAUCGUCAUUCGCGAGCGCAUCGAGAUCGUCCACGGACAUGCCAGCUUGAGUAGUUUCUGCCACGAGGCCAUCCUUCACGGCCGCACCAUGGGCCUUCGAACCGUCUUCACCGACCACUCGCUCUUUGGCUUCGCCGAUGCUGCCAGCAUAUUGACCAACAAGAUACUCAAGUUCAUUCUGAGCGAUGUCGAUCACGUAAUAUGCGUCAGUCACACCUGUAAAGAGAACACCGUCCUCCGAGCUUCUCUCGACCCUCUCAUGGUCUCGGUCAUCCCCAACGCCGUCGUCGCAGACAACUUCCGACCUCGCAGCUAUCCUUUGCACCCUUCGGCCGACGGCUUCGCUCCCAACCCGCCACCGGCGAAUCAUCCGGGACCCAACGACGUGAUUACCAUUGUCGUGAUAUCCCGGCUCUUCUACAACAAGGGCACGGAUCUCCUGACGGCGGCCAUCCCGCGCAUCCUUUUCAACCACCCGAACACCCGUUUCAUCAUCGCCGGUUCCGGCCCCAAGGCGAUCGAUCUCGAGCAGAUGAUCGAGCAGAACGUGCUACAAGACCGCGUCGAGAUGCUGGGCCCCAUCCGCCACGAAGAAGUGCGCGACGUCAUGGUACGGGGCCACAUCUACCUCCACCCCAGCCUUACGGAGGCCUUUGGCACGGUGAUCGUCGAGGCCGCCAGCUGCGGCUUGUACGUCGUGUGCACCCAGGUGGGCGGCAUCCCGGAGGUGCUCCCUUCGCACAUGACCGUCUUCGCCAAGCCCGAGGAGGACGAUCUCGUGGCCGCCACCGGCCGCGCCAUCGCGGCCCUCCGCGCGAACAAGGUCCGCACCGAACGGUUCCACGAGCAGGUCAAGAAGAUGUACUCGUGGGAGAACGUCGCCAUGCGCACCGAGCGCGUCUAUCACGGCAUCUACGGCGAGCUCAGCGACGACGAGUUUUACGGGUACGAAGGGUACGGCGUCAUGCGCGGCCGCGGCGGCCAGCAGAGCUUCGCCCUCAUCGAUCGGCUGAAGCGGUAUUACGGCUGUGGCAUUUGGGCGGGGAAGCUCUUCUGCCUCUGCGUUAUCAUCGAUUACUUGCUGUAUUUUGCAUUGGAGAUGCUGUUUCCGCGCGAGAAUAUUGAUAUUGCGCGCGACUGGCCGAGGAAGACGCGUCCGAAGUCCAGCAAGCAAACGUGA